GCAUUACCUAGCCAGCCUGCACUGCACCACUCCUCAGUCUCCUCUGCUCUCCGCUGUCGGCGCCGCCUCCGCUCGUCGCCGUCUGUUCGUGCUGCCCUGUGACAGUACCAGCGACCAAGACAUGCAGCUCUACAUCGUGGUCACCAGGCUGGCCUGCAUCGCCUUCUCCACUGCCGCGUUUGUGCUCGCCAUGGCUGCGCCGGCAUGCAAACUGAAGGGCAGUAUGCUGACGCUAAUGAGUUGGACCUCGAUGCGGAUCGUGUACCAGGCCAUUUGCUUCUACUUUGGAGCACUCAACCUUGAUUGCAUUGCCCCCAUCUUAUUCAAUGACUCGCUGGUGAUGCUCCUCGCAUAUGGCGCGAGCUGUGCUGGAACUGCAUCUGUUUUCUUCCUGCAUCACUUUCUGCACUGUCAGCGUCUGCCGUUGAUGACCUGCCCGAUGUACUUCGCUUCCUCGGUGCUAGGCCUCGUUGCCGUCUUGUUCAACGCCGCCACUACGCUUCGGUUGCUUUGGGCAAGGUGUUCUCGCCACCACGAGGACUAGGUUUCACACACUUGCAGUCUCUAUCCACCAUCCACGUAUGCGUAUGCCAGUAGUGGUUACCCUAAUUAAUUACGUGUGGUGCGUAUAUAUAGCAUCUGUUCUUCCCAGUGUGACCGACUGUAUCUCUUUGCAAAGACUGCUUCAUGAUUCAUGUAUUAUCACCCCUUUGUACUAUGUGGUACAUCUUCAUCUCAAUUUUUUUUUAUAAGGAGAAUAUAUUAAUAUGGUGAAGAUACCAAUUACACCCA